ACUUGACGUACGUGUUGAGAGAAAGUAAGAAGAAUGUCGUCGGGACCGAUCCGCUGCCAGAACUGUGGGACUGAGGAGACGGAGCUCCAGCAGUGCGCUGGUUGCAAGGGAGUGCUCUACUGUGGCGCCGAGUGCCAGGGCAAGGACUGGAAAGAGAACAACCACAAGAAGUUGUGCAAGGCGUUGAAGAAGGCGGCCAAGAACGGGUUCUUCAAGGAGAUCACCACGGAAGCACCCGAAGACGCUCCGCUAGCCACCCAGGGCAAAGAGGUCGUCGUCCACUACACCGGCACCCUGACCAAUGGCGAUAAGUUCGACUCGUCCCGCGACAAGGGCCGGCCCUUCCGCUUCCCGCUCGGCGCAGGCCGCGUCAUCUCGGCCUGGGACGAAGGCGUCGCCACCAUGCGCAUCGGCGAGCGCGCUCUCCUCUACGCCUCGCCCGACUACGCCUACGGCCCCGGCGGCCAUCCCCCGGUCAUCCCGCCCAACUCGUUCCUCAUCUUCGACGUCGAGGUCCUCGAGCAGGAGGCCUAGUACCCUUGUCAUGGACCCUUCAUCUGUGUAAAUGACAAUCGACCCGCA